CAAAAAAAUUACCAGUUUAUCAUUAAUAUUAAUAUUAUUCAUAUUGGUUUAUAUUAUAAUUCUAAGUAGAAAAUAAAAUUAAUAUAAGAUUAAGUUAUAAAAUGAAUUUAUUUAUCUUGUCUAUCAAUUUAUUCAUAUUCCAUGUUGGAAUUAUUAAUGUAUGUCAUUGUGAAAAAAAAAAUGUUGAAGACAUUUCUACAAAAGUAUGUCAUUGCGAAAAUGAAAAAAAUGAAAAUAGUUCUACAAUAAUAUGUCAAUGUGAAAAAGAAAAAAAUGAAGAUAGUUCUACAAAAGAAUGCCCUUAUGAAAAAGAAAAAAUUGAAGAUAAUUCUUCAAAAGAUGUUGAAAUUUGCGCAAUUUGUUUUAACGAAGUAAACGAUGAAUGUUACAAGACACCCUGUAAUCAUGAAUUUUGUAAAAAAUGUAUGGACCAAUGGUUACAAAAGGGAAGUACAUGUCCAAUAUGCCGAUAUUUAAUCAAAGAAAAUAAUGGUAAUAUUCGAAACAAAUUUGAACGAUAUUAUUUCUUCAGAAGAUUUUUGUAAAACAGUUACUAACAAUAUAAUUAUGUACAUAAAAAUAUGUAUUUGUAUAAUUUAUUU